GAUGGGAGAGGGAGAGAGCGAGCCCAGGCUGGAGCAGGGGUCAGCAAGGUAAGUAUCAUUGGUGUCAGUGGGAGGAAUAGUGCCCCAUCAUUUGUGUCACUAUGGGAGGGGAAAUAGUGCCCUAUGGUUGGUAUUAGUGGAAUGAAUAGAGUUCCAUCAUUGGUGUCAGUGAAAGGUACAGUGCCUCAUCAUUGGGGUCAUUAAGAGAAAUAGUGCCCCAUUGUUGGUAUCAGUGGAAGGAAUAGAGCCCCUUCAU